AACAAACCCCGCCUACUGCCUUGGCGACCGCGUGCGCAGCAGAGAAUUUACAACCGCGGGCACAUCGCAAACAACAACAACAACAAAGACGACGAUCACAACAACAACAACUGGUUAGCAUCGUGGCUGGUGGUGGCUGCUGCUGCUGUUGUUGUUGCGGUUGUUGUUGUUGUAAUGGAGGCAGCGAAGGACGCUCCGCGGACACAGACGACCACCCAGGGCAACGUGGCCACGCACACUGAAGACCCGGGCAACAGCAGCAGCAGCAGCUACUUCAACACCACCAAGGAGAGGCCGGCCGUGUGCAUGUACGACGUGCUGUUCCACCAGCCGAGCGGCUACGACGCACACCUCCACCGGGAUGACCGCCAGCAUUCCAAGUCGCGGGGCCUCAACGUGCACGCCGAGGAGAUGGCGCGAGACGUGCCCGUGCUGUCGUCGUCCGAGUACGGGCGGCAGCCGAGGGUGUUCGUGGACCCCAGCGACCGGCAGUUUGCCCGCGUUGGCAUCGUGCGGGCCGAGUUCUACCGGCUCAACGGCUCGUCGCUCCAGCACACGGGCUCCUGCCAAAACUGAACCUCACCCCCUCCCACCGCCUUCCCAUCACCUUCCCACCGCUGCUGUCACUUCAUUCAUAAAGGCCCAGGGCUGUGAUAGUUUUGGGAGGGGGGGGGGGCAGCCCCCCACCUGCCCCCUUCUUUGUUUAUUCGAUUCCUUCCAAUGACCUUCGUACCUGAUGAUGCACAACGCUUGAUUGCGACACACCUCGGGUGACUUCAAUUCCGUUCACGCAAAGAAGAAGGGUGCAUGUGCGUUCGUCCUGUGCACGUGCAGGAGUUUUAACGUUACAAAGUACACACGGGUGCCGCGGUGGCUAGGAGAUGUUAACUACCUUGCCUGCACAUCUGUGGAAAAGAGCUUCAGAGCUCAUCAGAUUUGUCCGGGAUAAACAAAGAUUUAGAUUUGGAUUACUCCCCCACACCACCCCACCCCCCUCGUAUGCAAUGUGUGAUGCAAUAAAACGUCUUAACCUUG